UGCAGAAGGAAGCAGAACAGACACGGACUCGGAUCCAUGGGGCUGGGGGCUCUCAUCGUCCUCCUCCUCCCCUUCCUCUUCAUCAGGACAGCAAGCUCCCAGCUGCGGGUGAUGACAGACCCCUCCUCCCAGGCCCUGCUGGGUGCUGAGGUCCGGCUGCGGUGCCACUUUGAAGUCGGGGGGCCGGUGGCCCUGCGCUCCCUGCGGGUGACCUGGUACCUCUUGGAUGGGAGGAUGGCGCAGUACAAUGAUGGCAGGAGCUGGGCACAGCUUGGACCCAGCCUGGCAGAGAAAGAGCUAGAGAAAGGAGAUGCCUCCCUCACACUGGCCAGGGUGAUGGUGACAGACGGGGGGCUGUACACGUGUGCCGUGGGCUACGGGGCGCAGCAGCAGCAGGGGAGCACCAGCCUGCGCGUGCUCGCUCCCCCGAGCAUCUCCAUCCCACAGCGGGCAGCCGUGGCCGGUGCCAUCACCACCCUCCUGUGCCACGUGGGGGGCUUCUACCCCGAGGCCUUGGACGUGGCGUGGCUGAGGGACGGGCAGGUCCUGAAUGGCUCCACCCGCUCCAGCCCCCAGAGGAACCCGGACGGGACCUUCAGCCUCACCCUGACCUACACCUUCACACCCGACCUGCGCGACGCCGGCACCAUCUUCGCCUGCCGCGCCCGCCACGCGGCGCUGGGGCAGCCCCUGCACGAGGAGGUGCCAUUCGCCGUCCACCUGCACGGCUUCUACCCCCGCGGGAUCCACCGCAUUGAGUGGAGCCAGGACGGGAAAGGCUGGGAAAGGUCUGAGCCCAGUGACAUCAGCCCCAACCCGGAUGGCACCUUCACGGUGACGAGCGUGUGGAGAGUGCCCAGCCGGCGCCUGACCGGGCUCCUGCGGCCUCCGGCGCUGUCGGACAUCUCCCAGCCGGAGUCAGUGCCCGUGGGGAGCAGAGUCACCCUGAGCUGCUGCAUUUCGGAGCAUUUCCCAGCUGAGCUGAGGGUGGCCUGGCUCCGGAAGGGCAAGGGAGAGGCUCCAGCCGUGCCCCUGGCGGACUCAGAUGACUACAGGAUCCAACCGGGCACGGCCGUGCAGGCGCCGGAUGGGAAGAGUUUCCAGCAGGAAACAAGACUGAUCUUCACCCCAUCGGUGCAGAGAGACCAGGGCGCCCAGUACAUCUGCCGCGUGCAGCACGUGGCCCUGGAGCAGGCCAUGGAGAAACGCAGCACAGGGCUGCAGGUGACAG